CUUCCGGUGACCAUGGCGGAGAUUCAUAUGAAAUUUCAAAAUUGGCUUCCUACAUAACUUUCAGUUUUGACAAAUGAAAGAUGGAAACUCAAGCACCUCCCACAUCAACUACCCAGCCUUCAACUCCAGCAUUUCCAAUCCCCGGAUACGUUUUGGACGACCUGUGCAGUCGAUUCAUCAUCAAUAUCCCUGAAGAGGAACGUCAAGACUUGAUCCGCAUCUUCUUCCAAGUAGAGCUGGCACACUGGUUUUAUCUUGACUUCUACUGUGCUGAAAAUCCAGAACUCAAGACAUGCGGAAUCAAGGAUUUCUCUUCACACAUUUUUCGCCACUGUCCAUUUUUGUCCAUCCAUGCAGAGCAUGUGGACAAGCGACUCGAAGAAUGGAGAGCCUACAAAAUGAGUGUGCCAACCUAUGGAGCUAUCAUCCUGGAUCCAGACAAAAAAUAUUGUCUCCUGGUGCAAGGGUUUUGGACCAAGGCAAGCUGGGGGUUCCCUAAGGGCAAGGUGAAUGCUGAAGAGAGUCCCCUAAACUGCGCUGUCAGAGAGGUGAUGGAGGAGACAGGAUUAGACAUCUCAGGCCUUAUCCGGAAAACCGACUACUUAGAGAACCAGAUGAAUGAUCAGCUUACCCGUCUAUACAUCGUCCCAGGGGUGCCACUCAAUACUCAUUUUCAGCCCAAGACACGCAAGGAGAUAAAGAGCCUGCAGUGGUUCCCUAUUGAUUCUCUGCCUUGUCACAAGAAGGACCUUGGGUGCAAGACCAAGCUGGGGAUGAACCCCAAUAACUUCUUCAUGGUGAUCCCAUUUGUUAAACAGUUACGCAAAUGGUUAGGUUUCAAUUCGGAGUCUCAGUCUCAAUCUCAAUCUCAGUCCCAGUCUCAGUCUCAGUCAGACGGGGAGUUCAAGAAUACAACCAAUCAGCAGAAGGCAUCCAAGAAUCGUGAAACCAAUGAUGGAAGACAGCCUGGGUCACGCCAGAAACAACGCCAGACACUAGUAUUUGGUCAGCAGCUACAGAGUGACUACCAGGAGUACAUGCAGCUGAGGGAAUCUGCCAAGCUGUCUGUGAAGGAACAGAAACAUCGAGCAGAGUCCCCCGGAAAAGGACGUGGCAACACUGGCAAGGCACCAGGAAGCCAGCAGCGACAGCAGGUGACGCAGUCUCCGCACCAACAGAACAAACAGCAGUAUCAGAUUCUGGCUCGAAAUGGUGCGGUCACAGGGCAUACUAGGAGGAAUCUUGCUACUCAGUUUGACAAACAAGGUCGUUCCUCUCAAUCAGAGAAACUACAGAAGAAGCGGGACGUCAGCAAAGGAGAACUUACCUCAAAAACAUGGCUCAACUUUCAGUUUGAUGUGGAUGCUAUAAUGGCCUGUCUUUCAUAGUUCUACAUUUCCAGGAAAACAGGUGUUUCCAUGACAAUCCUUUUGCUCAUUAUUUAUCACAAUAUCAGGAAGUCUACAGAACAAAAUCAGUCAUAUCCCCCUGAAUCUGGAGUGAAUAGGUUGGUAGCCUGGUGGUCUGAGGCUCACAACCUAGAUAUGAAGAAUUAUCCCCCUUAGAUGUCCCUGGAUCCAUUGACCAUGGAUUGGAAUCUCAGCUUUCUCUUGA